UUCACGCGAGCAGUAUACAUUUGAUCGAAAAUGUUUAGGCUCUUUAUAAUCGCUUUUGUGAUUGCAGUUGGCACGUGCCAACAGCAAGAAGGAGCGAAACGUGUUCCGAAAUACGCUGGUGAUCCAAGAACAGCCGCUAUUGUACAAGAAGCACGUUACCUUAGUGGCAAUGGAGCCUUUGGAGCUGCCUAUCAACAAGAAGACGGCAUCAACUUCAAGGAAGAAACUGACGCAGAUGGUAACAGAAGAGGCAGCUACUCCUACAUCGACCCAAAUGGACAGAAAAAGACUGUGAACUACGUUGCAGGCAAAAAUGGUUUCCAGGCCGUUGGUGACCACAUCCCCACAGCACCAUUAGCCGCUGCACCAACACCCGGAUACACGCCAGACCCUCGUUACCAGCCAGCAGAAUACAAUGCUCCUCAACAGCAGCAGUACUCUGCACCACGUAACUAUAAUGCCAAGCCUAGUGUAGAUGAUGGUCAAUAUCACCCAGAAUUGUACGAACAAGAGAACUACGUUGCUCCCCAGCCACAAAGACAGCAGUACCAAGCUCAGCCAGAAUACCAGGCGCAACCACAAUACCAGGCCCAACCACAAUACCAGGCUAACAGCAUUUACACCGGUGUGCAACAAGCCCAAUACAGUGGAAUUCAGUCCCAACAAUACAACGCACCUCAAGCUCGCCAAGAGCAAUAUUAUGAACCCACAACACCUCCCCCAACAAGAUUCUUCCCCCCCGGCAAGUUCAGUCUCAAUAGAGCACCUGACGGCUACACUUACUCUUUCCACAAAGUUUAAUAUCGUUACUGAGUGACCCUUGCCGAUGUAAAUUGUGAAUAAUGACAUCGUUGGGUUUACAAAGAGGCGUAACGAUUGAACGUUACUAACUAGUUUCUUCGUUGUUUUGCUGUGAUAUUAAGUGUUGACGGACAGUUUUAUGCUCUUACUGUUUACUGAAGGAGUUUUGCAUACUGACAUAAUGUAAAAUUGAACUUGUAAAUAAUUUUAGAUAUUUAAUAAAUCAAUACGGUUAA